GAAGCGCAGGUUGCUCCGGGGUCUCGGGCCGGAAGACAAUGAGUGCGGCUGGCGGCCUUCGUCGCCGCGCGCGACUGUCACGCCUCGUGUCCUUCAGUGCGAGCCACCGGCUGCACAGCCCAUCUCUGAGCGAUGAAGAGAACUUGAAAGUGUUUGGGAAAUGCAACAAUCCCAAUGGCCACGGGCACAACUAUAAAGUUGUGGUGACAGUACAUGGAGAGAUCGAUCCUGUUACAGGAAUGGUUAUGAAUUUGACUGACCUCAAAGAAUACAUGGAGGAGGCCAUCAUGAAGCCCCUUGAUCACAAGAACCUGGACCUGGAUGUGCCGUACUUUGCAGAUGUUGUGAGCACGACAGAAAAUGUAGCUGUCUAUAUCUGGGAAAGUCUCCAGCAACUUCUUCCUAGAGGAAUACUUUAUAAAGUAAAAGUGUAUGAGACUGACAACAACGUUGUAGUAUAUAAAGGAGAAUAGAUCUUAGAGUUGAAUUAUAGAAAUGCUGACUGCUUUUCUUAGUUGGAAAAGCUCUUUGUCCCUUUAGACUAUCCAGCAGUCACCACAUACUUGUGUCUCUACAUUGUGUUCUGAAUUGCCUGAGCGUUCAAAUGUGUAAGGUCCACAUUUAAAUGUAUUUAAAUACCAAACUUUCAAUAUAUCUUGAAUAUAUUUUUAGUGAGGAAGCAGGGAAGAGCUGAGGACUGAACCAGGGUCUGUCCCACGCCAAACAUGCUGAACUGCACCCAUUCCAAUCCUCUCUGUGCCAUUUAGAGAUCUGUUGUCUAAAAAUUAGUGCCUUCUCAGCAAAAUGUUUUGGUGUGGAAUUAUUUAGAGACAAAAUAAACCCAUUUUCAUUAUAU